ACCAUGUCGACUACUGAGAAGAAGCUAGAUUCCAACCCUGAGAUUUUACUCAAGAAGCGUAAGAAUGCUGAUCGUUUACGUAUAGAAAAGCAGCAACAGGCUAAGCGUCGUGCUGAAGAACGCCAGAAACAACAGAGCGCCAAGAAGUCGAACAACAAAUUUGUUCGUGCAGAAACAAUUGUUGCCCGCAGACUUGCUACCGAUAGGGAGAAGGAAAGAAUCAAGCGUGUUACUAAAUGGGAUAAAGCAUACUACAAGGACGAACAGACCGAGAAAUCAAAGAACAAGGAUGAAGAAGAACGUCUUUUGUUUGUUGUUCGUAUUUCCAAUCCACACAUGGGAGAUAUUCCACCUAGAGCACGUAAGGUUUUGACGAUUUUACGUUUGCAGAAGGUGAACCAGGGUACCUUUGUGCGAUUGAACAAGAAAGUUGAGCCAUUAUUACACUUGAUCAAUCCGUAUGUUGUUGUUGGUACGCCUAGUCUUGCCACCGUGAGAAACCUUAUCCAAAAGCGUGCCACAGAGACCGAGAAUGGCUUCAACGAGUCCAAGCCAGUAGAAGGACACGACUACCGGAUCAUUGCGCUGAAUGAUAACAACUUAAUCGAGGAGAAGCUUGGUGAUUCCGGGGUUAUUUGUACCGAAGAUAUCAUUUUCGAGAUCUAUAAACUUGGCGACGCAUUUUUGGAGUGUGUGAAGUUUUUAGAGCCGUUCACGUUGAAGGAGCCUGUCACCGGAUGGGGUCCAUUGAGCAAGCUCCAGAGAUUGGAGAAGAAGGAGGAGUCGAAAAGCUAUCAGGCGUCCUCGAAGCGUAAUGCGCCAUUGAACGAGGUAGACAUUGACAAGUUUAUC